UAAACGACAGUGUGGUAUGUUCCAUUUUGGGUCGAAUAAUUAUGGUAAUAGACCUGGCUCUGACUCAACACAACACUGAGGAGGAAAUGGCUAUUCAUUUUAAACCUGCACCGCUACAGGUGGCACCAUAACCUCAAAAGCCUCCAAAUAAGGAUACGUUUCUUAAGGGGAUUGAGAGGAAAAUCAGCCAGAGUGCUCACUUUGAGAAUUCCCUGUGGGAGAAUACAAAAGAUAGAGGACACCUGGUGCUCUAUGGCGCUGAGUCAACUUUCAUUCCAAGCCUGCAUGAGAUCGAUGAGAUUUUGAUAAGGCUGUGAAUAAAAUACUCAAAUGAAUGAAAGUAAUCCCAAUUUAUUUGUGUCUGAAAUGAAUGAGACAUGCUCAAAGAUUAAUGACUUCUUGGACACCUACUACCUCACAACAUUGUAUGCCAUUGAGUUCAUCUUGGGAUUGAUAGGGAAUGUCAUUGUGAUAAGUGGCUACAUAUUCUGCCUAAAGGAAUGGAAGUGCAGUAAUAUUUACCUCUUCAAUCUUUGCAUUUCGGAUCUGGUCUUUAUCUGUACACUUCCAAUGUUUGUGGUCUAUUAUGCUAAUGGUAAAAAAUGGAUAUUUGGCAGUCUUCUCUGCAAGCUGAACAGAUACAUUCUUUACACCAACAUGUACUUAAGUAUGCUGUUUCUGGCCUGCAUUAGCAUUGACCGAUACUUGCUGGUGAGCAACCCAAUGAGGGUCCACAUGUUUCAAAAGAAAAGGGUUGCCAUUAUCAUCUGUAUCGGUUUGUGGAUUUUUGUCACCCUGGAAGUACUCCCUAUGUUAACAUUCAUAGGUGCCACUGCUUAUGAUAACAAUACCAUCAUCAAGUGUGUCGAUUAUGCGAGUGCUGGAAAUGCCAUCCACAAUUUGAUAUAUAACGUGUGUCUCACCAUUUUCGGUUUUCUGCUCCCAAUGUGCAUCAUGGGAGUCUUCUGUGUGAAAACCGCUCGCAUGUUAAAGAAAUUAAGUCAAGACCAAACCCGAAGCGUUACUCUUGAAAAGCCUCUCACGCUAGUUAUAUUGGCAAUUGUUAUCUUCUCCAUAUUUUUCACUCCUUAUCAUAUCAUGCGAAAUGUCCGCAUGGUGUCCAGGUUGGAAAAUAUCAGCUUUUCACAUUGCACUAUUGAGGGCAUUAAGGCAGUUUACACUAUAUCAAGGCCUGUUGCCUUCCUCAGCAUUAUCACAAACUCCAUUUUCUACUUCCUUUCCGGAGAUAAAUUCAGAGAAACAAUUAUGAGCAGCAUAAAGUCUCGUUUAAGAAAUCCACUGCAAUGUGCAAAAUAAGGCUGCGCUAAUAACAGAGGCCCGUCACUUUGGGCAGAGGUAGGACUUCCUGCUUUUAGUUGGGAGAACGGUGGCCCCAAAAGGCUAGGAUGUUCAAAGUUUAAUUAUGCUGUCACAGAGACUUGCCAAUAGUUGAGGAUGUUUGACUUGAUCUCCUGGUUCACGGCGAUGGGUUUUCAAACUCAUCACUCCAGGUCUAAAAUGUGUUGACCGGUCGUCAUGGAAACUGGCAGUGCCAGAAAGAAGACAACUCUCUAUUUUGAAGUUUUGUUUCUAGCUAUUGUCAGUAGGUUGGGUUAUAAGGAAAGAACAGGGAAACUAAAACUGGGAAUUUCCCUGAAGCUGAUCUUCCUCCACCAGGGAAAUCCUGGAUGUUGGCCUAUUCAUGGCUUGUCAAGAAAUCACCACUGGGUCAGCAGAUAAGAAAGAAUGGGAAAGAUGCCAGUGUUUUCCAGAUCCAUCCAGUGCUGGUAACACAACUGAGAAAAACAUAUUUGUGGCUGAUAUGAUGGAACCCGAGAGUUAUUUAUCAUGAAAUCAGAAUUGUUUUAUUUUGACAUACAUUGUGAAUAAUUUUUUCUGUAGUUCAGUAAAGCAUUGUUAAAGAUAAAUAUAACUUUUUUGCAGAGAAAAUC